AUGAAGCAACCACUACAAAGUCGAUUAAUUAUAUAAGAUGCAAGAAGAAAGAAUUUAAGUGCCAUCGCUAUUCUAGAUCCUUCACCUAAGUAAGUCACCAUAAGAAAGGCUUCUAUUGGAACUUUCAAGAAUAAAGAAAAUAUGAAUAUUAAUGAAACAUAGAAGCAAAAAACUCCUUAAAAUACUAACACAGAAGACAUUAGAAAAUAAAUCAGUCAACUUAUCAAAAGAACAACCCAACAAUAGAGAACUAAAUUAAAAAAAAUAGACAUCGUCUGUGAAGAAUAAAUAGAAAUUAAUUAUAACUAAGAAAGCAUUUUUGAUGAAUUUACACUUAGAUUACUUUACUAAAAAGAAUUAGAGUAUAAAGUACAUCCAUCCUUUUUUGAACAUCAAAUAAAUAUCACUCCACUAAUGAGAUCUAUUUUAUUUGAUUGGAUUAGUGAAGUUUGUAAAGAAUUCACUUUGAAAAGAGAAACCUUUCAUCUUUGUGUACAUAAUCUAGAUAGAUAUAUGUCUAAAAUUUAAAUCUCAAAAUAAGAACUUCAAUUAUUUGGUUUAGCUAGUCUAUCUAUUGCAUGUAAAAUAGAAGUAAAAAUCUACAUCUAUUCUAGGAAAUAUAUCCUCCAAAAAUCAAUGAUUUCUCUUAAGCUAGUAAUUAUAGUUUUACAGAAUAAUAAAUUAUUGAAAAAGAAUAAGAAAUACUCACUUAAUUAAAGUGGCUUAUUAAUCCCCCUACUCUAUAUCUUUGGAGCACUUGGUAUUUGUCUCAAUGGGACAUUUAUUAUCCUCAACCUAAACUUCAAAUCAAAUAACCUACAUAAGCUUCCUACACUUUAUUUAGACAUUAUAUGACCUUUCUUGAUUGUGCUAUUCUAGAUGUCAGAUUGUAUCAAUUCUCGAAUAGAGAAAUAGUCGCAUCGCUUCUUUAUUUGGUCUUACUUAAAUAAUAUUCUGGAACUACUUAUUCAAGAAUAGUUGAAAAUAAACUAUAAGAUAGAGAUAUUUUAGAUUUUCAACAUAUUUAUAAACCAUUCAUAGAAUUGGUAUUUGGAUUCCAAUUCACACAAUUAGCCAAAUGCAUUAAAUAUCUAACCAAAUUUCUAACUCUUGAUAUUAUAAUUGAUUAGCAUUGCUAGUUCAAAGUUACUGCAGAAAAAGAAUUAGAAGAAGCCUAUGAGUAUUUUUUAUCAAUUCAAACACACAAUCCAGCCAAUCUUUAAUUCAUUAGAAAAUGA